UCUCUCGUCAAAAUGCAAAUAUUCUUCUUGUUCUUCAAAUUUCUCAAAACAAUGGCCGAAAACGGAGAAAUGAAGUAUUUGGAGUGCUACACCACAAAGGAGGUGAUCUAUGACAAAUUCCCAAAAUUCACACUGGAAGGUGAACACACCACAAUUGCCACGUAUAAUAUUACACACGAAUCAAAAACCGGACCGCCCGCCUGUGUAAUGUUUUUCGGCACAAAUGGAACUCAUUCUGCCACGUGGCAGGGGCAUGUGAGCAGCUUUGCAUUACCGUUGGAAUGCCACAUCAAUUCUAAAUCCUACACCCACUGCUUCAAAUCCCCGAAUCCCUUCGUUUUCCUGGAACUUCCCAACGGAUGGGCUUGCUGCUGCUCCGGCCACAACUGCAACUGGCACAACCCCUCAUUUUUCCAAUUUUUCGAGAGAUUCAUUCUGGACAAUUCAGAGCUUUUCAAUAGGCUUAAGGCCGUCUGCAAAUACUCAUUUUGCAUAGUUUUCUGUGUUUUUAUCACAAUUUUGUGGACAAUCGUCGAGGUUUUGCUCACGAAUUUGUGUGAAAAACGACGAAAAACGUGUGAGGAAUCUGAGUUCGAGAUGAGAAAUAAGAUUCCAUCAUCUCUGCAACUGCAGCCAACUCAAAGCUCUUUAAAAUCUCGGUCCGGCAAAAAUUUGUCGGAAAUGUCGCUGCACCCGGGUUCCACGCUGAAAGUCGAAAAAACUCAGGAGGAUGACGUCACUGAACCAAAAAGAUCGGAGCUGGAGGUGGCGAGCACUCAAAGAUCGAGAAUUAAUAAGGAUGAUGACUUUGUCCCAAUUCCUGAAAAACCCGAAUGGCAAACGACGAAAAAUGGACGUUUGCGAAGAACUUCGAUGAAUUAUGAAGAGAGCACCUACUCGGUCUUGCAGGAAUAAAUUUUUCGAUUUUUUGUGGAAAUUUCCGUAUUCAGAUACU